AUGUUGCCCCCAAACCAAAGGCCACGCUCGCUUCUGCAGAGGCAUCGAGGCAAGUUGCUUGUCUCGCUGACAGGGAUAGCUGCUCUAUUCACCACAGGGUCGGUGGUGAUGUUCUUCAUUAAGAGGUGGUUGUAUAAGCAGCAGUUGCGGAUUACCGAACAGCAUUUCAUCAAGGAGCAGAUCAGGAGGAGAUUUGAACAGACGCAGGAGGACUCCCUGUACACGAUGUACGAGCUAUUGCCGGUGUGGGAGAUGGUUUUGAACGAAAACGACUUGGAUUUAGACAGUAUUGUCACUCAAUUAAAGGACCAGAAAAACCAGUCCGCCAGAUCAAACGCUGACAAAAGCGCAGAGAGUCUACCGUUGAAGACGAAAGCCGAGUUGUGGAACGAGUUGGAGCUUAAGAGCUUGAUCAAGCUGGUAACGGUGACGUACACAGUGUCGUCACUAAUUUUAUUAACAAGGCUGCAACUAAAUAUCCUGACAAGAAACGAGUAUUUGGACUCUGCGAUAAAGCUGACCAUGGAGCAGGAAAGCUCCAAUAAGCUCAACAAUAAGCUAUAUAACUGGGUCACAUCGUGGUGGAGUAGUCCAGAGGACAACAUGGGCGAUGCAACGGUGGCGAAGAAGACAAAGAAAGAUGGCCAGGAAGCGUAUAUCAACGAGCAAGCUUUCUUGUCGCUGUCGUGGUGGAUUCUAAACAAGGGCUGGCUGAACUAUAACGAAAUAAUUACAGGCCAAAUCGAAAGUGAGUUCAGCGGCAUAAACCCAAGGGAUACUUUAACCCUAGAAGAGUUCAGUUCGCACCUCACCAGAAUCUUCCAGAACAUAAACUCUCAGAUAUUUCAGCAGAAUAAUGAUAGCCUGAUUUCAACUUUCCUACCCAGAAGCUCUGGCGAACAAGAAUUCCUGCUUUCGCAAACGCUCGACCCGCAAGCACUAGCCGGCUUCCACUCCAACACACUGGUUUUCAAACAGCUAAUAAACGAGUUGACUCGAUGCAUCGAGAGCACCGCAACGUCCAUAGUGUUGGAAUCGCUGAUAAACGAGUCGUUCCACUACAUAAUGAACAAGGUCGGAGUGAAAACCAUGGCCAAGAAGAAGCCGGAGCAAGAGGACCAGCAGCACUACCAAAUGGCCGUUUUCACCAUGUCCAUGAAGGACUGCUGCCAGGAAAUGCUCCAAACGGCGGCAGCGUCGCCCCACACCGGCAGCGUCAACGAGUUCUUGGCCACACUAGACUCAGUGCAGCCGCUGGACGACCUGAGCGCCAGCGUUUACAGCAACUUCGGGGUCUCUAGCUCGUACGCCUUUAAGAGCUGA